UGAGUUAUUCAAGAAAAGUUGAUUGAUGGUUGACAUACAUGGAAAAUUCGAUCUGAGAUAUGAUGUACUUUGUACUCUAUGUAAAAAUGUGCUUCAAAUUGUUCACUUUGAUCAGGUCAACUGGAGGAAUAUUCUGGAUUCUGAACUCUAUCAUAUGCGAUAUGAGGCAACAAGCGAUGUAAGCAAUGUUGUCGAAGAUCAAGAUUCCUUGCGUUAUGCUUGUGGACAGUUUAUGGAAGCUAUGAAAGAAUAUCGGGGGAGAAAGUAAUUCUUCAAAAUUUAGUUUUAUGCUUUCAGAAGUGAGUUAUUUAAUUAGAUCUCAUGUUGGUAUAUUUACGGCUCCAGUUUUCAUAACAGAAAUUUAGACUUCUGCACCACUCAAGAUUUGCGCGCAACACUGAUGAUCCUUGAUUCGAAUGCUGUGAGUGGCGAGAGUCAUAGACUCGCAGUGCCGAUGAAUCCUGCACCAAUCGAAACAGUCAUCAAAUACUUUCAGAUUUCUAAUGGUGGUCUAAUGAUGAUUGAUUAACGACUUCAACGCGUAAAAGCAUUGAUCUUCAUGACUGUAUUUGAUAAAAUUAUUAGUUUGCAAACUCUGAUCAUGUGAGAAGUGAAUGCUGGAAACAAUUUGGAUUGUGAUUGAAAAACAUACUGCAGUAUUUAUUUUAUUGUAUAUUCAUUUUCAAGCUGAAACGAUAGAUAUGCAUUUUUAGAAUAAACAGCAUCCCAAACUAUACACGACCACUAUUGUUCAUUUUAAAUGUGUGUAUUGAUCAAACACUUGAUCAAUCUAAUCACUCCCGUGAGAAUGUGCACAAUAUGCUAGUGAUCAGUUUUUCGUACAACAUGAGAAACACUUUGAAUAAAUAUUUCGCACAGUUUUAUCUCGCUGAUCAUCGUAAGUACCAAUGUUCAAUAAUUUCAUUCGAUUUAUGAAACAAAAGGAUGAUGACAGGUUAAGCUUCAGAGUUUUACCAUUCUCACAUACACUUGAAUGCACUGGUUUCAAUUCAAUUUUGUGUUGACUAAUGGCAAACAAUGGAAGCGGAUUCAUUUUACGACUUUUCUAUCUCAAAGAUUUAUGUGAAAUAUUCAAAUUACUAUUGAUGAUUUAUUUCAAUUAGGCAGUCCCUUUGAUCGGUUUCUCUGAUUAUGUUGAAUAGGUUGAAGAAAUGAUUAGCGAACUGAAGAAAACAUUGAAACAAUCAUUGUCAUCAAAGUCAUGGCCUAGUAAAGAAGACAAAAGUAGAGCCCUUGAAUCGGUUGAGAACAUUCGAUUUUCGUCGGAUAACCGAAAUAAGUUUUAUGGGGAUGCCGAACGUGGGCGAGGAAUAUUAUAUCCAUCACCAAAUAUUGUGAAUUGGGUUAAUAUAACGCAAUUGGCCAAGUUAAAUCCCUCAACACGUCAGAUAUCAGAAAGUCAGUUGCGAUCGCAGGUCAGAUAUAUUUCCUGGAAAUCUUGUGGUAUCGAAAAAUUACGAAGAUUGAGCCGAAGUGUACAGACAAGACGAUUGAGCGUAUCUGAGCAAACUGAAGUCUACAAUGAACGGAAGAUGUGUGUUUUUAAUACAAUUAAAUAAAUAGUC